AAAUUUGACAUUUAACCUUUCUCAAUCGAACUGACGAAAGCAGUGACGUUAUUUCUUUCUCCGAUAAAUAAAAGUUGAUUCCCUCCAAAUUUCUCAGCUGCAGUCAACUCUCUUCGUUCCACUCGCCGACCUCAGUUGCAGAGAGAAAAUGUCGAGCUCUCAGUGCUUCGAAAACCCACCAAGCAAGACCACAACAUGUGGAGCAGGAUAUGUUGAGGAAUUCGCUGGCCUCAACACUUACAUAACUGGUCCUCCUGAUUCCAAGCGCGCCAUUCUUCUAAUUUCUGACGUUUUUGGUUAUGAAGCUCCAAAUUUGAGGUAUGGCUGGAUUCAUUUUGGCUCUGAUUACUUUGAAUUGCUUGGUAUAAUUAUGGGACUAGAAAAAGGAGAAAUUGGGUCUUCUGCGUAUGAUUGGAUAGGGUAGAAUUAGAUGCAUCUUUACUUAACUAUGGUUCAACAAUAAGGCUCUGCUGACAGUGAUUAUUUAAAAUUAAGGGGAAAUUGCAAUUUAGCUACUUGUAGUUUGAGAUAGGUGCACAUAAAGACUUGAGGUUUUA